UUUAAACUCCUACAGUUUCCCAGCACGAUGAGUGAAGGGCCAAUAAACGACACAAAUGGAAGAACGGCGAGCAACAGGAUUUUCAGUAGCGUAAGGAAGGUGAUGGGAAGCGAUGACGAGACGAAUCGCGACCCGAAAAACCUUAACCCCCACCUUAAGGUGAUGUGGAACGAUAUUGUGGGCGAGCCCGAAGGACUGAAAUCCCUCGACAUAUUUUGGACCUGUUCGCGGAUAACUUACAACGUGUCACGCACGUUUUGCUACAUCCUGCUGGUCGUCCUCUUAGGACCGCUCAUCGCGCUUAUCAACGGUUUACUCUUCGCGAUCCUCUCCUUCUGCCAAAUUUGGUUAGUUGGGCCUUGUCUUCGGUGCUGUAAAAUCAACUGCGGCACAUUAAGAAUGUUCACAGAGACUCUACUUCAGGGCCCAUACUUUCAAAAAAUCUUCGCUCUCAUCUUCUCGAAGUUCAAAGUCAGGCACCAGAAGCUGCCUGAAGCCGACACCGACAACGCUGCGGAUUACUUCAAUGUUUAG